GCACCGGCAGCAGCAGCAGCACUUUGUUGUGUCCGCUUUUUAGGAGCACUCCAGCGGAGCGCAGCGAUCGACGCGGCUGGGUCUGGGAGACGAGCUGUCUGACUCUGCCUGUUGUUGUUGUUGUUGUUGUUGUUGUUUCUCCUUGGCGUCAUGAGGGGCCGUUUGAUUUGUUAGUCUUGUAGUAUCGUUUAAGGUUAACUGGAAUAAGAAAAAGGAAACGGUCAUAUUUGGCCUGCAAACGGAAUAUGGAACUCGUUAGCUGUUAUCCACUUUUCCUCCUGGGAUUGUUGUCAGUCUCGCUGGCCUACGUGGAGCCGCCGACCAACGUGACUCUACGCUGCCAUAACCUCCACAACAUCCUGGAGUGGGACUAUGGCAUACUCUUGCCUGACAUUCGAUUUAAAGUCACUAUCCAACCUUAUAGCGGCUCUCUUCUGGUGUUUUGGGUGGAGCCACAAGAGCUACAAUUGGACAUAUCAUCUCUCAGUGAUUCAGGAAAUUCCUAUUAUCUGGAAGUUAUUGCUGUGGUCGGUGAGAAUGAGUCUGAGCCUGCCCCUCGCAAGGGAAUCACUUUCAGCUAUUUCCAGGAUUCUCUGACACGUCAGAAAUGUUCUCUGGACCUCCCACCAGUUAACGUCACCACCGAGCCAUAUGACCAUGUCCAGUACCGCUUCAUCCAUCCGUGGCUGUGGCACCACCAGACGCUGAGUGACAAUCCAAAUCCGAAAAGUCGACAGAAGAAAAGCAAUGAUGCACCUACGAAAAAUCAGCUACCACAGUUCAGUUACGCAGUUCUGGUCGGCAGCCAGAAGAAGCAACACUAUUAUUCAUGUGUGAAGCCGGUGUGUGAGAAAAAGAUCCCAGUGGACAAUGCACAGGAGAAACACUGUCUGAACAUCACAGGAGAAGUGGACCGAAUGGCAGUUAAAUCCACACAGCUGUACUGCGCCAUGCCACUAAUGCCACCGGAGGAAAACAGUUACAUCAUCUACAUCGUGAUCAUCAUGUUGAUUCUCACCACAACUCUUCUUGUCAUUGUCUUGGUGUACAAGAAGAAGACCAGAGCCUCAACUCCAUUUCCCACAUCUAUGUUAAUCAAACCAAAGCGGCCGGACACAGCGGGACCAAGUAAAGAUGAGUUUGCUGUGCCGACAUUGGAGCCUUCCUCUCCCACACCUCUACUCUCUCCACACUCAAAAGAGGAUGAAUUCACACUUACUGUUACUCCCACGUCUGAGCCUGACUUCCGUGGGCGCAUCGGUUUGUCAGGAAAGGGUGAAGAUGUGAGGGACGACGUGGAGGAAGGGCACCUGAACGAUGACAGACAUGAGUACAUGGAAGGCGGCAACUUGGAUGAAGAUGGGACACAAAACUCUAGUGAUGUCUCUUCUGGUUAUGAGAAACGUGAAGUAUUAGUUGACAUGGGGGAGGACGAACUGGCUGAGGGCUACCGAACUCGUAACCUCUGAACAUCGUGGCACAUUGAAUCUUAGGUCAAAUGGGGCUCUUUUAGAAAAUGCCAAGUAAAAAUCAAACCAGGAGCCUUUCCUCCAAAACAGUUGCAUUUUUCUUUUUGGUUACAUUUAUAUGCAAGAGCAGUUGUAAGAAUAAAAACAUUAUUUGAUUACAUAAAAAAAGAGCUAUUUUGAUCCAACACCAGAAUGUCAGCAGCAUAGUAAAACUGUAAAUUUUCAUUAACACUUAUUUGGGUCUCAAUUCUAACAGCCUAUGAUCCAUUCUGCUGCACUUUAACUUUGCAUGCCUAGCAGAGCUAGUGUGUGAUCAUCUUAUAGAUAUAUAAUGUGUUAACAAUAUAUUCAUAUAGUAAGGCUAACUACUAUUCAGAAAAUCUGUCAUCUGUAAAGGGAUUUUAAGCAAUAUCCUUGCGCAGAAUGUAGUGGCCAGGAUUUCAGCAUUGCAAACGAAAGAAAAACUAUAUGACUAAAAAGAAACAACACGUUCCUCACUGGUUACCAGUUCAUUUCAUUUUGAUUUUAAAGUUUCAUUUAUGAGGGAGACUGGCCUUCAGAUCUGUGCUGGUCAGCUCCCUCAUGUCCUCAGGUGCAAACAUUUAUGGUUGUUUUGUAGUUUGGUGUAGAUUAGGUUUGUUUAUUUGUUCAUUUUUAUGUUUUUUAGAGUAGUACUUUGCCAAUGAAAACAAAGGUCAUAUCUUUUUUGUUAUUAUUUCCAAAUCACUGCAUACUGCUGUGCACCUUGUAAUAGAAAGAGAAAAAUAAAGAAAGAUUGUGUUGCACUAUAUUAGAACUGAUCCAAUCAGUUAUAUCACAAAGUGACUUUGACAUUGAUCCCACUGAAGAAAAUAAUUUAGAGGUGAGAGCCUGUAAACCAAAUCCAUCCAGAUGAGGUGGAGGUAGUGAAGUGUUUUGGUUGGUUGAAAGGGAAGAUGCCUUAAAUACAAGAAACACCUUUUCAAUGAGGUUGAUAGUUGGUUGCCAAAAAAAAAUUCUGUGAACCUACUGUAGCUCAGUGAGUUUUGUUGAGUAAUAACAGAAACACAGUGUUGCGAUGUAAAUGGACUGAAAGCUAGAUUUCUGCUUAAGUGAUGACUUGUUGAUUUACCUGACUGAGGUACCUCCUGAGUUUUGAGCGUCCAUCAGAUCUCCUUUUUAAAACAUUUAUAAACAUUUAUGUACAGUUGCAUCCCAUCUGUUGCAUGCACGCAAGCAUUACCAUAUUCAUCAGUUACUGAGCUGAGUAGUCAAAAUACUGUGUUGUGUUCACUGCAGAAUACUAUGUCUUCUAAAUAUCCUUGCCUAUUUGUACUGCUCUUUUUUCUUCCAUGAUUCAGAUGCUUGUAUCUACUAAUAUCUACCGAGACUAGUAGCACCUUUUAGAGUAAAAUGUUUGUCAGGGAAUCUUUAACUCCUGUGAUGUUUUUCUCAGUGAAAUGAAAUGUCUGGGCAGGUAUAGUCACAAGUUUCAAGUCUCCUUCACCUCACCUCACCUGCUGGUAGAUCAGGCGGAGGAGAACAAGGGGGAAAUCGAUAAAUUAUUCCUUGGAAAUAAGAAUGUCAGUGUCUACAUGCUUUUAGUGCCAUUUACAAGAACUGCACUUAUUAGACUUUGUGCCUUAUAGUGUUAUGGUGAGUUUUUGGGUUAAAUACAUUGUACAUAUUUAAAAUGCAUUUUGUUUUUCUGGUAACGCACAGUACUGCGCAAAAAGUUUAGACACUAAAAGUAUGAAAAAUAUUAUUUCAAAAAUAAUGCUGCAAGUCGUUCUUAUUCAUAUGAAGUGCAGAACAACCCGUUUAUUACAGGACUCAUUGUUCUUGGCUCUGAAGAUACAGUAGUUCUUUAUGACUCUGUCUGUAUGUUUGGGGACACUGUCUUGGUGCAGAAUGAGCUUCAGACCUCCCUGCUGAUAUUUGUGCGAGGGAGAAGAAUCUAAAGCUUUUGCACAGUACUGUAUCUCGUAACCUCCCAAGUUUGUUAAUAAUGCUGAUUGCAAUCAUGUUGCUGUAACAGGAAAAAUUUUGCUUUUUGUGUGUGUUUAUGUGUGUUCACAUGCUCAAAACUACUGUUUGAUUUUUUUGAUUUCAUUUUACUUAAUAUCUGUAUUAACUACCUUUUCCUGUUUUGCAUUUUUUUCUAAUAAAGGCUAUAAUGUGUA